ACAGUUGACAGUCAUACUUGUUUCGUGCGGCUUCUGAUGGUGUAAUUUUUUGUGUUUAAAGACUUGAGUGGCCUUAAACACCAAAAUUUAAAUAUUAUUUGCUUAACAAUUAAAAGUUAUACCCAAAGAUACUAUGGCUAAUUCAGGAAAAGGAACUUUUCAACCAGACUCAGAUGUUCACAUUUCGUUCGAAGAUCAACAGAAAAUAAAUAAAUUUGCUCGUUUAAAUGCUAAAGUAGACGACUACAAAGAAGAACUUAAAGUUAAACAGAACGAUAUGAAAAACUUAGAAGAAGCUGUGGAAGAACUCAGUCUUGCUGAUGAUGGAGAAAAAAUUCCUUACCUUAUUGGUGAGGUCUUCAUUUGUCAAGGACUUGAAGAUACAUUAAAAUCAUUAGAUGAAGCCAAGUCACGAAAAGUGAAUGAAAUAAAUGAGCUUGAAGCUAAAUGUGAUGAGCUUAAAUCUCAAAUGGGGGAAUUAAAAGCCCAUCUUUAUGGCAAGUUUGGAAGUCAUAUAAAUUUGGAGAAUGAAGAAGAUUAAUUUUAACUUACUUUUACUAUAACUAUAAUUUGCAUUAAAUUAAUAAAAAACAGCACUCCACAUAAUAAAUAUUUAUAUUAUAUAUUGGUUUAAGUAUAUAAUCAUAAUUGCUAUUAGUAAAACAUAUUACAGCUGCUUAAGUAAAUAUCACAACUAAUAUUUUUGAAAAUUUAGAUAGUUAUAACAUUAUUAUAAUAUUUCAGCCAUCUGGGAUGAAGCUGUGUACUCAUUUGAUGAUUAUUGUUUAACAAAACAUUUACUUAAAAUAAAAGAUUAACUACA